AAAUAGUUUUUUUUACUGAAUUCGGUACAAUGUCGGCAUUUCUAGUAUCCCGAGUCCCAGUCCCCGGCAGUGGUCCGCGUGUGUUUACAGUGGUGUCGUGGACAGUGGCAGCAGCUCCGCGCCGUCAAAGAAUCGCCAUCAAAUGACUAAAAUCAGCGAAGAUCCUGUUCUUUUCACCCUUCGUUAUGGCUACUAAGAAAAGAAAAGUGGACGCCGAGUGUCGUGCUUUCAAUGAAGAAUGGGGAGUAAAGUACUUCUUUGUGGAAAGUUCGAAGGACCAGAAAGCUACUUGCGUGGUAUGCAGCGAAAGUAUUGCCGUUCUGAAAGAGUACAAUCUUCGGCGUCACUAUGAAACAAAACAUCUAUCAACAUAUUCAAAGUUUUCUGGAAAGUUACGCUCUGAGAAAUAUGAGUCCAUGAAACGUGGUUUAGAAACUCAAAGAAAUCUCUUCAAGAGAAAGUUUACUGAAAAUGAAACAAGUUACAAAAUAGUGCAUAAGAUGGCAGAGCGAGGAAAACCGUUUACUGAUGGCAACUUCAUCAAAGAGUGCAUGAUGGAAGCAGCAAAUGACUUGUGUCCUGAGAAAGCCAAUUUGUUUGGAGGUAUCAGCCUUUCGGCAAGUACAGUUGUGCGGAGAACAGAAGAACUUGGAGAGAACAUAGUGCUACAGAUACGCGAGAAAGCUAGGAACUUCUUGUGGUAUUCUCUUGCGCUGGAUGAGUCUACUGAUCUCUCGAGUACGUCACAACUUCUCGUGUUCAUUCGUGGUGUCAAUUUAGACUUUCAGAUAACGGAAGAGUUGGCAUCCGUUUGUAGCAUGCAUGGAACAACAACUGGAAAAGACAUUUUCACGGAAGUGCAGAAAACUUUGCAAGACUAUAACCUUCAGUGGAAUCAGCUUCGAGGUGUUACAGUUGAUGGAGGAAAAAACAUGGCUGGAGUGAGGAAGGGUCUGGUGGGGCAGAUCAGGACUCAUUUGGAAGAUUUGCAAAUUCCGGGCGCUCUGUUCAUACACUGCAUCAUACAUCAGCAAGCACUCUGUGGGAAAGCCUUAGAUAUUUCUUGUGUACUGAAACCAGUCGUUUCUGCUGUGAACUUCAUUCGGGGACAUGCACUCAAUCACCGUCAGUUCCAGGCUUUUCUUGAAGAAAUUGAUUCUGAUUUCUGUGACUUGCCUUAUCACACAGCAGUGAGGUGGCUCAGCUGCGGUAAAGUCUUGUUUCGUUUUUAA